GUGUUGAAUACAACAAAGGGGCUGUUAAGAGGAUGCUGGGGAAAGUUCACUGCAGAUGCAUUCUACAGGCAUUUUCCUCGUCAAGUGGAUGCGAUGAAAACCAUCCGCCACCUCAUUCUGCAUGUGCUCGACAUAACGAGAUAUGCAGUGCGAGAAGGUGAGCAAGUUGAGGAUGUGGAAUUACUGGGCGAGGGGAGCUUCUCCAAAGUGUUUGGGCUCGGCCCAGUUGCUGCGAAGGUCAUCAGUGAAAACGAACGACCGUGGGUGCAUAGGGCAGCGGUCCAAAACGGGCUUCUUGCCGACCUGCACGGCUACGGCCCAGCAAUUUUUGGACACGGCCGUGUGCAGCAGGAUAUGGGCGGACACUUCAGAGGCACGGUGGUGUUCAUGGAGAGACUCUACCCCGCUGGUGAGGAUUGGUCCGACACAGACACAGACCACGUCUUGGAGGCAAUUCAGCGAGUCGCCAAAGAUGCGUUCCACAACGACCUGAAGAUGCCGAACAUUCUUCGGAGAAGAGGGCGCCCUCUUCUGAUCGAUUUCGACCUGCUGUCGCCUUUUUGUGUUAAGGUGGCUGUCACAUCAAGCUGCAUCGAGCACGAUUUCCGGUCAUUGCUGGAGCCAGCAGGCGACAUGUGCACGCAGUCCUUCCGCGAGUUCUACGACCUUUUUGCCUUCACUCUCACACUGCAGGAUUGCGCCCUGUACCGACGACUACUGGCUCGCCUUUUGGUGCUGUGGAGGCAACUCGAAGAGCCAGUGCUGCAGCCGAUGCUUGCCACGAUCGGCCUCGACAAGCUGAGCGAGAUGCCGUUUGAGGUGUUGGUGCGCGUGCCUCUUCGCGGCGUCUCGGUAUGUUUGCUCGACCUGCGUGGCAACUUGUUCGUCCACACUGCAGAGGCCGGCGAUGCCGCAAUUCCCGCCGCUUGCUUAGAGCUUCCUCAGCUCGUGCGUUCCAAUGGUGUCUACUGGCCUGCGCAAGCUGAAGCAGUCUCGACAUGA